AGAUUCCGGUUGAUAUGUCAAAAACGGCGCUGGUGUUUAGCUAGCGUUCUCUCAACCCGACAACAUCUCUGCAAGCGUAAAAGGCUCAAAGCUAGCACUAUGGUGGCCGCUAAUGGUGACUCAAUGCUUUGGUGGAAGACUGGAAGUGGAGGGACCGAGGGAGCAUUAAAGGAAUGAGACGGCAGCGUAGUAGGUUUGGCUCUGGUGGGUACGGUUGGUGUGCUUUUACCUGUCCUUUAAUCGUUUCCAAUGCAACUGCCAAGCCUCCCCUUUCCUCUAUCUGUACCCCACACUCCCUUCAUGUAUUCCAGCUUCUUCCCCACCACAACUGAUAAAGAGAUUAAUAACGUAAGGCAUUAUUGUCUCUGGUCUUUUACCAUUUCUCUGCUUUUUCUUCUGCUCUUGUCUCUAACAAUCUCCCAAAUAUCUUUCUUUUUUUGUUUUGUCAAGGUUAGGUGGGGCAGCUCACCUUCCUUUUGGUAGGAUUCUCUUCUUAGUCCCUUUUCAGUACUGCAAAGUCACGACUAAAAUGCCUAGAAAGAUUAGAAUAAAAUCAGCUCUCUGGAUACUAUAAACAGCAAAUCUGUUUCUUAUCUUUUUCUCAUGGCUAACUCUCCAUAGUCAUUACUUCAUAGUCUUCCCCACCAAUAUUGAGGAGUUUGCCUCUUCUUUGUUCGUUCACUUGCCCAUAUGAAGCUUAUCACAGCCAAGAGUACUACUCCUCAUGACUCUUCCUUCUCUUUCUCCAGGAGGUACUUCCACUGGAAAAAGAAGACCGAUGAUGAGGAUGAUGAGGAAGAAGUACUGACCUUCAGCUCAUCUUCUCAUUUCUGUGAGGAAGGGAUCAAAGAUGAAGAGUUUGGAAACCCCCUGCCUGCAGAAAUCUCUUCUGUGUCAACACCAAGGAAGAAGCAGUCAAAUUCUAAGCUCCGAUCUGCUCUUACUCUUUUUGGUAAGAGCAGAUCAAGCACCCGAGUGAUAGGUACCCUUUUCGGGUAUCGCAGAGGACAUGCCCAUAUUGCAUUUCAAGAGGAUGCCAAGCAGGACCCAGCAUUUUUUAUCGAGCUCGCAACAACAACAAGCGUCUUGGUCCGGGAAAUGGCAUCAGGGCUGGUCCGCAUUGCUUUGGUGUGUGAGAAGAGAAUGGACAGCAAGAAAGGUAAGAAGUUACUGGAGGAGACCCUGUGGAGGACAUACUGCAAUGGCAAGAAAUGCGGGUUGGCGAUUAGGCGUGAGUGCGGGGCUGAGGAGUUGAAGGUGCUGAAAGCUGUGGAGCCAAUUUCAAUGGGUGCUGGAGUGUUGCCAGGGAGUGCCAGUGGGAAUGGAGCUGGGUCCGAAGGCGAGCUCAUGUAUAUGAGAGCCAGGUUUGAGCGUGUUGUUGGAUCUAAAGAUCACUCGCAAGCCUUUUACAUGAUCAACCCUGAUGGUGCUGGUGGUCCUGAACUUAGCGUGUAUUUGCUUAGAGUUUAGGCUGCCCAUGUAACAGCACCACUUCCCUGGUGUUUGUUUCUUCUUCAUCUUUUUUGCUACAAUAUUUUGGGAAGGUAGUACUACAUGCCCCUCAAUUUACUCA